CAGUGAAAAGCCUCAGAACCAUCUGGAGCGUCCCUGCAGACCACAGCCCCCCUGGUAAGAGGAUCCAGGCGGGCUGUGGGUUAAUCUCCUUUAACUGACUGUGUGUCAGCGGGUCGGCACCGAGUCCGGGUCAGACGGAGCUGCAGUCAUGUUCCGCUCAGCCGCUCUGGAGAGCAGGGAGCUGCUGGCUCUGUUCGGAGGAGGAGGCCGGAGCUUUGAGGAGGAGUGUGACGUGGACUCCGACAGCAGCGAGGAGAGAAGAAACGUCCGCAGCUCCGUGUCUCUGGAGAUCCACGGCCUCCAGAGGGAGCAGGACGUCUACUUCUCCAACCAGGAGUACUACAGGAGGCUGGAGGAGCUGAAGAGCACCCACCUGAGGAACAUGGCCGAGCUGGAGAAGAUGUACAUCAGCCAGGCCAGAGCCAGACACGAGGAGGAGGACGGGGGGGCCUGGAGAGGGAGGAACCGGGACGGAGGAUCAUCAUUCAGCGGCGCUCCCACCAGGAGGCUGCAGAGGAUCAACUCCCAGGAAGAGCUGGACUUCCACGAGACGUCGAGCGGCUCGGACCAUUCGGAUCUCUGCGGGGAGGACAGUGGGGGGGAGCUGGGCUGGGCGGGUCCUGCUGGAGCCUUUGGGAGAAACAUUCUGCUCAGCCCGAACCAAACGACUCAAACACACAUCAGAACCAGAUCCAAAGCCCCCGGUCCAAAACCUCAGGGAGGAGGAGAGUCCCAUCCAACCAGGGCCCGGUCCAAGGUCACGGUGCCCAAGCCCUUCCAGAUGAUGCUGAGAGAGGAGGAGAAGAAGAAGCGGCGGGUCCGGACGCGCUCAGAGGUGGAGCUGGAGAACACGCUGCUCCGGCAGGAGCUGGAGGAGCUGCGGGAAUGCCAGAAGAAGUUCAGAGCCACGCCUGCGCCGGCCCACACCCACCUCCCUCUGUAUGAGGUCAUCAGCCGCCGCCACAAGAACGUCCGAGAGAACCUCCGGGGGUCUGCUGCCGUCUUCCCAAAACCUUUCCACUUCCUGGAGAGAGAAAAGAGGAAGAGGGAGGCCAGGAUGGAGGCGGAGCUGGAGAGCUUCAGCAUCAGGGAGGAGAGGCGGGCCUUCGGUACCAGAGCCACGCCCACCUCUCACGCCCAGCAGCCGCACGGCCUCUGCACUCUGGAGAGGGAGGUGACGGACGGCCAGAGCGACCAGAGCUCCGACCUGGAGGACGACUGCAGGCCUCGCAGAGCGCCGUCCUCCACGGCGGUGAGGAAGCACAUCGAGGUGUCCAUCCAGAUGGUGGGGGACCGGGAGUGGCCCCCGCUCAAAGCCCCCGUCAGGAGUGUCUGCGCACCUGAGCAUCUGCAGGGACCAAACUCCAGAGGGAGGAGCCAACACAUCAGCCUGUGACGGACAGCUGCGAGGAGGAAGGGGCGUGUCUUCAGUCUGUCUCAUGUAGUAAACGGUGCAGCUCAGCGUCCUGUAGUGACCGUGUGCUCUUUGUCAAUAAAGUUUAAGGUUUUUGAAGUAUUUACGUUUCUUUUCUCUUCUUCCACUCAGAUCAGGUCGAACUCUUUGAGGAAAUCUGGUUUGUUUGUUUAUGAUCCAGGAGAUUACAUCAACACAGCUGAUAUGUGGCUUAGUUGGUUUUCUAAAAAAAAAAAAAAGAAUUUCUAAAGAAGUAAAAUGUAUGUUAAAGCAACAAAACUCUGAUGUUUUAGUAGUAGAGUUUUGAGUUUGGACUUGAAUCAAACAGUCUGCUUUCUAAAUGUGUUAUCCCAGUUUCAGCUAAAGAAUGUUCAGCCGUUUUAACUCGAUACCAACCAAACUAUUGACACUUUGUAAUGGAAAUGAUCUUGUUGGAUGAGGAGGAUAUUUGGAUUCACUCAGAUCUGAAUAAUCUGUUCAUGAUACAAUCCUACCCACAGAUAGAGUUUACAGGGAAGUUAUAAAUUUAAGUUAUUGCUUUUUUGUAAAUAAAUAUUGUUCACAUAACAGUAGUUUUGUUAAAAAUACUGCAUCAUAUAUCCUGUUAAAAUAUUCAGGAUAGAUUUGUUCUGGAUUUGAACCAGUCGUGGACUUUUGUGGAUCACAAGAGUUGAUCUUUCAUCUGUGAAUCGUAUUUGUAAAAACAUAUUUUGGACUGAUGUUAAUGUUAACAGUUGUAAACCUGGAUAAACAAU